UCUGUUGCUGAGACAAUACCAUAAAGAUUUUUCUUUUGGCCAAAAGCAGACGUUUGUAAGAUUUUAACAUUCAGUUCAAACGCGAACGCAAUAAGACCAAGACGUCAUUUCUCUGUCUUCCGUAAGCUUUUGACGAACACCUGGUUACCCUAACUUCUCGGUCGAUGGCCAUAAACGUCUCCAACCAGAACAACUCGUAAAACACCAGCAUUAUUGGGAAUAAGGCCUUUAAAGCCGGUCUACUUUUAUGUGCUCUUCGGCAAAGAAAUUUCAAAAAGAGAGUCAAAGAAAAACAAACAAGCAAACCCAAAAGAAAAAAACUGGCUCCAAAAGAAAAGUUGUGAAGCUUAGCGGAAUCCAUUUCUAAGUGAAUAAACUUUUUUGUGCAAUAACUUCUGGUGAUAGAAUUUCAAAGUGACACCAUUUAAAAAUUGUGAAAACAAAAAAAGAAGCAAAUAAUAAUUUAAAAAUCGGACAACUGUAAAAAAAUUAUUAAAACAGGAAUUAACCAAAAACCCAACGAAAGUUAAAAUUUUAUUUCUGGGAUUACCUUAGGAAAUUGCUUUUCAACAUUCCGAUGAGUUUGAUUGGCGAGAAAAAUUUCAAAAUGAAAAUGCGCGAUGUCGAAACAGCCUUCAAAUAUAGGCGUUUUCCCUAUCCAAAAAGAUCCGUUGAGCUGAUUGCCUUACUGGCCAUAUCCUGCACAUUUUUCCUCUUCAUGCACACAAAUAAACUCAACAGUCGCCUUAAAGAGAUGGAAAUGAAAUUACAGCCAUCAGAAUUCUCAGCUCUCGGUCUGACAGGCAACAAUCAUUUGGAUGGACCAAAACACGAUGACAUCAAUACAUUACAUGGCACCUAUCAAUACCUUAAGAGUACCGGACAGAUGCAGGCUUUGAAUGUACAUGAUCUAAACAAUACUCGCAAGGCUCAAUUAGAUUUGGUCUUCUUCAAUCGAGUUCCCAAGGUGGGAAGUCAAACAUUUAUGGAACUCUUGAGACGCCUCUCGGAACGUAAUAACUUCCAAUUUCAUCGUGAUGCAGUUCAAAAAGUCGAAACCAUUCGCCUGGCAGAUGAGCAACAGCAUGAAUUGGCCGAAGUUAUAAGUGAUCUCCCCGAGCCCUCGGUUUUCAUUAAACAUGUGUGCUACACAAAUUUUACCAAAUACAACUUGCCCACACCCAUCUAUAUAAAUGUGGUCCGAGACCCAGUUGAACGUGUCAUAAGUUGGUUCUAUUAUGUACGGGCACCCUGGUAUUUUGUAGAACGUAAGGCCGCAUUCCCUGAUUUGCCCCUACCCCAUCCAGCAUGGUUGAAAAAGGAUUUCGAGACUUGUGUUCUAUCGGGUGAUCAAGAGUGCACUUAUACCCAGGGAGUUACUGUCGAGGGCAUUGGUGAUCACCGCCGCCAGAGUUUAUUCUUUUGUGGUCACGCCUACGAAUGCACACCCUUUAACUCUGUUGGAGCUUUGGAGAGAGCCAAGUAUGCGGUCGAAAGUCAAUACUCUGUUGUAGGAGUUUUAGAGGAUCUCAACACUACCCUGUCGGUAUUCGAGAAAUACAUUCCACGAUUUUUCGAAGGUGUGCGGGAAAUUUACGAUACCAGCGCCGAAUAUUUAACAAAGAUCAACAAAAAUAAUUUCAAGCCUCCAGUCAGCGAACAAGUCAAAGACAUUGUGCGUAGAAACUUCACCAAUGAAAUUGAAUUUUAUCAAUUUUGCAGACAACGUCUGCACAAACAGUACUUGGCGGCCCAUGCGCACUUGCCCGAUUUGUUGUCACCACAUUUGAGGCCAUAAAUUGUUCAAGGAAAUAGAAUACCUCGCUUGCGUUUGUCGUUUACGUAUUUUAAAAGUACAAAUGCAAUCGUGAAUAGUCUAUGUAUUAUUGUUAUAUAAAAAAAAUAUUUUUGAAUGAAAUCCAAACCUUGUAAAUUUUUGUAAUUAUAAC